CGAAUUUGGAGAACUCACCGAAAGGUCUAAUGGAAUCUCAUCAGCUUCGGAGCUAAAAAGCGAUUCCGAAAUAUCUUCUCGUCGGAGCGGAAAAACGUCGCCGCAGCCUGAAUCUUCUCUAUCGGAGUCUACGGGAAACCCUUAUUUCUCGACGGUGUAUAGAUUUCAGCACAUUGACAGACAAAAUCUGAGGUAUACUUCUCCAAAACCCUAGAUUUCUCGGAGUCUCCCUUGGGAGACUGAAAUAGUUAGCAAACAUGAGGAUUAUGAUAAAGGGAGGAGUAUGGAAGAACACGGAGGAUGAGAUUCUGAAGGCGGCUGUGAUGAAGUAUGGGAAGAAUCAGUGGGCUCGUAUUUCUUCUUUGCUUGUUCGUAAAUCUGCUAAGCAGUGUAAAGCUCGCUGGUAUGAAUGGCUCGAUCCUUCAAUUAAGAAGACUGAAUGGACUAGAGAGGAGGAUGAAAAACUACUUCACCUUGCAAAACUCAUGCCCACUCAAUGGAGGACAAUUGCGCCAAUUGUUGGCCGUACACCAUCACAGUGCCUUGAACGUUAUGAGAAGCUUCUCGAUGCAGCAUGUACUAAGGAUGAGAACUAUGAUCCUAAUGAUGAUCCAAGAAAAUUGAAGCCUGGAGAGAUUGAUCCUAACCCGGAAUCCAAGCCUGCUCGUCCUGAUCCUGUUGAUAUGGAUGAGGACGAGAAAGAAAUGCUUUCUGAAGCACGGGCUCGGUUGGCCAACACAAGAGGCAAGAAGGCUAAAAGGAAAGCCAGAGAAAAGCAGCUUGAAGAGGCGCGAAGGCUUGCUUCUUUACAGAAGAGGAGAGAACUCAAGGCUGCUGGAAUAGAUGUCCGUCAAAGGAAGAGAAAAAGGAGAGGUAUUGAUUACAAUGCUGAAAUCCCCUUUGAAAAGAAGCCUCCUCCAGGUUUCUAUGAUAUCACUGAGGAAGACCGUCCAGUUGAUCAACCUAAGUUUCCAACUACCAUUGAGGAACUGGAAGGUGAAAGGAGAGUCGAUAAGGAAGCUCGCCUAAGAAAGCAGGAUGUUGCGAGGAAUAAAAUUGCAGAAAGGCAGGAUGCCCCUACAUCCAUAUUGCAUGCGAACAAACUUAAUGAUCCAGAAGCAGUGAGGAAGAGGUCGAAACUGAAUCUUCCUGCACCACAGAUUCCAGAUCAUGAAUUGGAGGCCAUAGCAAAGAUAGGUAUUGCCAGUGAUCUAAUAGGGGGUGAUGAACUGUCCGAAGGGAAUGCUGCAACGCGUGCUCUUCUUGCAAAUUAUGCCCAGACACCACAGCAUGCAAUGACUCCUAUGCGAACACCUCAAAGAACCCCAUCAACUAAGCAAGACUCUAUUAUGAUGGAAGCAGAAAAUCAACGAAGAUUGACUCAAUCUCAAACACCAUUACUUGGAGGUGAUAAUCCUUUGUUGCACCCCUCAGAUUUCUCGGGUGUCACUCCCAAGAAAAGGGAGGUUCAAACUCCAAACCCACUUUUAACUCCAUCAGCGACUCCUGGAGCCACGAGCCUUACUCCUAGAAUUGGCAUGACACCUUCGAGAGAUUCUUAUGGGAUGACACCCAAAGGAACUCCCAUGAGGGAUGAGCUACACAUUAAUGAAGAAAUGGAUAUGCAUAAUAAUGCUAAACUGGGGCAAUUUAAUUCAAAAAAAGAAUUGCUUUCUGGUUUGAAAAGCCUUCCUCAGCCCAAGAAUGAGUACCAGAUAGUCGUCCAACAACCUCCUGAAGAAAAUGAAGAACCAGAAGAGAAGAUCGAAGAAGACAUGUCUGAUAGGAUUGCCAGGGAGAAGGCUGAAGAAGAAGCAAAGCGACAGGCAUUACUCCGUAAAAGGUCAAAAGUAUUGCAAAGGGAGCUCCCUAGACCUCCCAUUGCUUCUCUAGAACUAAUAAAGAGUUCCUUAAUGAGAGCUGAUGAAGACAAGAGCUCCUUUGUUCCUCCUACACUAAUUGAGCAGGCUGAUGAAAUGAUUAGAAAGGAACUUGUGUCCUUGCUAGAACAUGAUAAUACCAAGUACCCUCUAGAUGAGAAGCCAGAGAAGGAGAAGAAAAAGGGGGUCAAGCGAAAAAUUGUUGCUGAACCUGCUAUUGAGGAUUUUGAGGAAGAUGAAUUAAAAGAGGCUGAUGGAUUGAUCAAGGAUGAAGCUCACUUUCUUCGUGUGGCAAUGGGACAUGAGAGUGAAUCUCUUGAUGAAUUUGUCGAAGUACACAAAACAACUUUGAAUGAUAUCAUGUACUUUCCUACCCGGAAUGCUUAUGGUCUCUCAAGUGUUGCUGGAAACAUGGAAAAGCUGGCUGCUUUGCAGAAUGAGUUUGAGAAUGUGAAGAAGAAAAUGGAUGAUGAUACUAAGAAAGCAACAAAACUUGAGCAAAAGAUCAAAGUUCUUACUAAUGGAUAUCAGAUACGAGCUGGAAAACUUUGGUCACAGAUAGAGUCAACCUUUAAGAAAAUGGACACUGCAGGGACAGAGCUUGAAUGCUUCCGAGCAUUACAAAAACAAGAGCAGCUAGCAGCAUCCCACAGGAUCAACAAUAUGUGGGAAGAAGUUCAGAAGCAAAAGGAGCUUGAGCGUACUUUACAGAAAAGGUACGGUGACCUCAUAGCAGAUACGCAAAAGAUCCAGCAUCUCAUGGAUGAGUAUAGAAUACAAGAUCAAAUGCAGGAAGAAAUCGCAGCAAAAAAUCGUGCUCUUGAGUUGGCCAAGGCAGAAAUUGCAGAAAAGGAGAGUAUACCAUCUGCUGAUGAUGUGGAACCUUCAGGUACCGUACAGUGCUCCAAUACAGAGGAAAAUUCUGCUUCUGCCUCUCAUGUACCAAUAGAAGCUGAUGUGCAUGCAGAGCCUUCAGGUACCGACCAGUGCUCUAAUGCUGAGGAAAAUUCUGCUUCUAUUGAAGCUGAUAAUGUGCAUGUGGAGCCCUCAGGUACUAGCCAGUGCCCCAUUGCAGAGGAAACUUCUGCUUCUGUCUCUCAUGACACAACUCCUCAAGACGUUGAGGGACAGGUGCAAGUGGCUGACGUUUCCACAAUGGAUGCUGAAGCCCUAAGUGACCAUGUACCUAUGGAGGGUCAGCAAAACCUAGUAGAGGAGAGUAAUACAGAUGUCACUAAAACAGAAGACUCUACAGUAGCAGCAGGUGACGUGGAUACUAAAACAGACGACUCUGUAGUAGUAGCAGGUGAUGGUGAGGCUGAUCCCAAAAACAUGUAAGGUUCUACCGAGAAAGUGGUUGGUUGUUCGCUUGUUCUGUAAUCCUGUUUUCCUACAUUUUUGGAACCAAGUUUUGCUUCAUUUCAAGAAUAUGUUGUAUGGUUGGAUGAAAAUUCGAAAUUGUCAAAAUUUGAACUGUGGUUUAGCUACCUAUGCUGGUAUUUGCAAAAUAAUGAAACUGCAUUUGCCUACCCUUUCCAAUUUUUCUUGGGAAUCAA